CAACAGAUAUUUUUGAGUGCCUACUAUGUGCCAGUCUGUGCCAGGCACUGGGGACACAGGUGAAAAAGUGCCAAUUGUUUCCUGCUCUGCUGGUGCUCAUCAUCACCCCGGAGAGUUAUGUCAUGCCCAGACCAGCAGAGGGCUCCAUGAGGAUUUAUAGAAGAUGCCCCGCGUCUCGGCGCCUUUGGUGCUGCUUCCUGCGUGGCUCGUGAUGGUCGCCUGCAGCCCGCACUCCCUGAGGAUUGCUGCUAUCUUGGACGACCCCAUGGAGUGCAGCCGAGGGGAGCGGCUGUCCAUCACUCUGGCCAAGAACCGCAUCAACCGCGCUCCUGAGAGACUGGGCAAGGCCAAGGUCGAAGUGGACAUCUUUGAGCUGCUCAGAGACAGCGAGUACGAGACUGCAGAAACCAUGUGUCAGAUCCUCCCCAAAGGGGUGGUAGCUGUCCUGGGACCAUCAUCCAGCCCAGCCUCCAGUUCCAUCAUCAGCAACAUCUGCGGGGAGAAGGAGGUUCCUCAUUUCAAGGUGGCCCCAGAGGAGUUUGUCAAGUUCCAACUCCAGAGAUUCACAACCUUGAACCUCCACCCCAGCAACACCGACAUCAGUGUGGCUGUGGCUGGGAUCCUGAACUUCUUCAACUGUACCACCGCCUGCCUCAUCUGUGCCAAAGCAGAAUGCCUUUUAAACCUAGAGAAGCUGCUACGGCAAUUCCUUAUCUCCAAGGACACACUGUCCGUCCGGAUGCUGGAUGACACCCGGGACCCCACCCCACUCCUCAAGGAGAUCCGGGAUGACAAGACCGCCACCAUCAUCAUCCACGCCAAUGCCUCCAUGUCCCACACCAUCCUCCUGAAGGCAGCUGAACUAGGCAUGGUGUCAGCCUAUUACACAUACAUCUUCACUAAUCUGGAGUUCUCCCUCCAGAGAAUGGACAGCCUUGUGGACGAUCGUGUCAACAUCCUGGGGUUCUCCAUUUUCAACCAGUCCCAUGCUUUCUUCCAAGAGUUUGCCCAGAGCCUCAACCAGUCCUGGCAGGAGAACUGUGACCACGUGCCCUUCACGGGGCCUGCACUGUCUUCGGCGCUGCUGUUUGAUGCUGUCUAUGCAGUGGUGACUGCCGUGCAGGAGCUGAACCGGAGCCAGGAGAUCGGCGUGAAGCCCCUGUCGUGUGGCUCAGCGCAGAUCUGGCAGCAUGGCACCAGCCUCAUGAACUACCUACGCAUGGUAGAAUUGGAAGGUCUCACCGGCCACAUUGAAUUCAACAGCAAAGGCCAGAGGUCCAACUAUGCCUUGAAAAUCUUGCAGUUCACCAGGAAUGGUUUUCGGCAGAUCGGCCAGUGGCAUGUGGCAGAGGGCCUCAGCAUGGACAGCCGCCUCUAUGCCUCCAACAUCUCGGACAGUCUCUUCAACACCACGCUGGUUGUCACCACCAUCCUGGAAAACCCGUAUUUAAUGCUGAAGGGGAACCACCAGGAGAUGGAAGGCAAUGACCGCUACGAGGGCUUCUGUGUGGACAUGCUCAAGGAGUUGGCAGAGAUCCUCCGGUUCAACUACAAGAUCCGUCUGGUCGGGGAUGGUGUGUACGGUGUUCCUGAAGCCAACGGCACCUGGACGGGCAUGGUCGGGGAACUGAUCGCCAGGAAAGCGGAUCUGGCUGUGGCAGGCCUCACCAUCACAGCUGAGCGGGAGAAAGUGAUUGAUUUCUCUAAGCCAUUCAUGACUUUGGGAAUUAGCAUUCUUUACCGAGUUCAUAUGGGACGCAGGCCCGGCUAUUUCUCCUUCCUGGACCCAUUUUCCCCAGGCGUCUGGCUCUUCAUGCUUCUAGCUUAUCUGGCUGUCAGCUGUGUCCUCUUCCUUGUGGCUCGGCUGACACCGUAUGAGUGGUACAGUCCACACCCGUGUGCCCAGGGCCGGUGCAACCUCCUGGUGAACCAGUACUCCCUGGGCAACAGCCUCUGGUUUCCUGUUGGGGGCUUCAUGCAACAGGGCUCCACCAUCGCCCCUCGCGCCUUAUCCACCCGCUGUGUCAGUGGCGUCUGGUGGGCAUUCACGCUGAUCAUCAUCUCAUCCUACACGGCCAAUCUGGCAGCCUUCCUGACUGUGCAGCGCAUGGAGGUGCCCAUUGAAUCAGUGGACGACCUGGCCGACCAGACUGCCAUUGAGUAUGGCACAAUUCAUGGAGGCUCCAGCAUGACCUUCUUCCAAAAUUCCCGCUACCAGACCUAUCAGCGCAUGUGGAAUUACAUGUAUUCCAAGCAGCCCAGUGUGUUUGUGAAGAGCACGGAGGAGGGGAUCGCCAGGGUGUUGAAUUCCAACUACGCCUUCCUACUGGAGUCCACCAUGAACGAGUACUAUCGGCAGCGAAACUGCAACCUCACUCAGAUUGGGGGCCUGCUGGACACCAAGGGCUAUGGGAUUGGCAUGCCAGUCGGCUCAGUUUUCCGGGACGAGUUUGAUCUGGCCAUCCUGCAGCUACAGGAGAACAACCGCCUGGAGAUCCUGAAGAGGAAAUGGUGGGAAGGGGGGAAAUGUCCGAAGGAGGAGGAUCACAGAGCUAAAGGCCUGGGAAUGGAGAACAUAGGUGGAAUCUUUGUGGUUCUUAUUUGUGGCUUAAUCGUGGCCAUAUUUAUGGCUAUGCUUGAGUUUUUAUGGACUCUCAGGCACUCAGAAGCAACAGAGGUGUCUGUCUGCCAGGAGAUGGUGACAGAGCUGCGUGGCAUCAUCCUAUGCCAGGACAGUAUCCACCCCAGGCGGCGGCGCACGGGGAUACCGCCACCACGGCCCCCUGCCCCGGAGGAGCACCGGCCACGGGGCACAGCAACGCUGAGCAACGGCAAGCUGUGCGGGGCGGGGGAGCCGGACCAGCUGGCACAGAGACUGGCGCAGGAGGCCGCCCUGGUGGCCCGCGGCUGUACGCACAUCCGCGUGUGCCCGGAGUGCCGCCGCUUCCAGGGCCUGCGCGCGCGGCCAUCGCCUGCCCGCAGUGAGGAGAGCCUAGAGUGGGAUAAGACCACCAACAGCAGCGAGCCAGAGUAGGCAGCGGGUGGAGGCCCUGGAGCGCGGGCAGACG